AUGCCUAACCACAUCCCCAACUUCCAAAUCUCGCACUUCCUGUCCUCACAUACCAUCCCGCUGCUCACUCCCCCAGACCCCACUUGCCCCAUCUGCCAACUUCCCUACGCCUCCCCACCACAAACCUACGUCCAUCCUCUCCUUCCUCCCGACAUACCCGAAUACGCAGUUCAGAUCAACAACCGCGGGCCUUGUACCCAUGUAUUCGGUAGGCGGUGUGUGGAAACGCACAUCCGUGGUAGAAACCCCUGGAGCCAUACGUGUCCGAUGUGUCGUGCAGAGUGGUUUCCUCCGCCUGAUACGGGACGGAGGGAGGUCCUCGAGCAUGUUGAGAGGGCGUUGAAUGGCCUGGCGAGGCUGGAGGAAGAUUUGAGCGCAGGGGACGAGGUAACAAUGGCGGAGGUGGAGGAUUUGGAGAGAUCGUUGGAGAGGAUUAGGGAGGUGCUGUAUGGCGGGAGGUGGAUUUAG